AUGGGAAUACCUAGUGUCGACGAAAAGGUGGCAACUGCCGACAGCGAUGUGGCCGAGGGCCAGGCUACCAAUGUCUCGGCCGGUUCCCAGCACCUGCACCGCAAGCUACGCGGUAACGAGGUGCAGAUGUUUGCAAUUGGAGCAGCCAUUGGAACGUCCCUGUACGUGCAGAUGGGCUCUGCCCUGCCCAAGGGUGGCCCUGCCGGCCUCUUCAUCGCCUUUAUCAUCUGGGGUGCCAUCAUGUGGGCCGUCAACGAGUGCUUCGCCGAGAUGGUCACCUACGUUCCCGUGCCGUCCCCCUUUGUCCGCUUCGGCAGCGAGUGGGUCGACGGUGCGCUCGGCUUCGCCAUGGCCUGGAACUUCUUCCUCAACAUGGCCUUUCUCGUGCCCUUUGAGAUCGUCGCCAUGAACAUCAUGAUCACCUUCUGGUCCGACGAUGUGCCUGUCUCGGCCAUCAUCAUGGCCAUGAUCGUUGCCUACACCCUGCUCAAUGUCGCCACCGUCCGCUACUUUGGCAUCAGCGAGUUCUACCUCUCCAUCUUCAAGGUCCUCCUUAUGCUAGGCCUGUUCUUCUUCACCUUCAUCACCAUGCUCGGCGGCAACCCAAUCCACGACCGCUACGGCUUCCGCUACUGGAAAAACCCGGGCUCUUUUGUCGAGCACAUCGUCACCGGCAACACCGGUCGCUUUUGCGGUAUCAUCUCCUGCAUGUACCAGGCCAGCUUCUCCGUCUGCGGUCCCGAGUACAUCUCCAUGGUUGCCGGCGAGGCUGAGAACCCCCGCAAGGCCUUGCCGCCUGCCUUCCGCUCCUUCGUCUGGCGCAUCCUCUUCUUCUUUGUCGGCUCGGCACUUUGCAUGGGCAUCGUCAUCCCCUACAACGACACCACCCUGAGCAACAUCCUCGGCGGCACCACCAGUGGCUCCGGAACCGGUGCAGCAUCCCCCUAUGUUAUCGCCAUGGAGCGCCUGAAAAUCAGCGGCUUGCCCCAUCUCGUCAACGCCCUCAUCAUGACCUCCAUCUUCAGUGCCGGCAAUGGUCUGCUCUUUUCUGCCACCCGCACUCUGCAUGGAAUGUCGCUCGAGGGCCACGCCCCUCGCUUCUUUUCCUUCUGCACAAAGGCCGGCGUCCCCAUCUACGCCCUCCUCUUCUCCCUGUGCUUCUGCUUCCUCGCUUUCCUGCAAGUUAGCAGCUCCUCGGCCGAGGUCCUCAACUACCUCGUCGACCUUGUCACCUGCUGCCAGCUGAUCAACUACCUCUGCGCCGCUGCCAUCUACCGCCACUUCUACUCCGCCCUGGCCCGCAAUAACAUCUCGCGCGAUACGCUGCCCUACAAGGGCCGCUUCCAGCCGUACACGUCCUACAUCGCCAUGGCUGGCACCACAUUUAUGCUUCUUGCCGGUGGCUAUGAUGUCUUCAUCUCUGGCCGCUGGUCUAUCAAGUGGUUCAUGCUGGACUACGCCAUGAUUGGCUUUUUCAUCGUCCUAUUUAUUGUCUGGAAGCUCGUCUUCCGUACCUCUUAUGUGCGGCCAGGUACGGCAGAUAUCAGCCUCGGUGGUCUGAAAGAAGAGAUUGACAACUACGAGGCUAUGUACGUUGCUCGGCAGCGUGGCAAGAUUGGAAAGUAUAUCGAUAAACUGUUCGAAUGA